GGAAGCUGAAGGACUGGUAGGCCACCCCUGAGUGGCUCCUCAGCAAUGCUCAGAGUCUGAGACAAAAUGGUCCUCCACCAAGGCCUCACAUUCAUGAAAGAAGAGAACUCCCACGCGAGCCAUACCUUCAUGUUCAGAUGGUCUCACCACUGGCUCAGGGCCUGACCAUGGCAGUACCAAGCCACCCACUGAUGGCACUCAUAGACCCCAGGAAGGGAAAGACAAGCAAGUGUCGUCAGAAAGAUGCUGUUCUUUGUCAUAGAUGAUCCUGACUUUGAAAGGGAUGAAUCUGACACACAGAGGAGAGUGGGGGGAUUCCCAGUAAGAGAAGACCUCUCUGAUGUGACCGAUGAGGACACUGGCUCUGCCCAGCCACCCUCACCCUCCAAACCCCCAGUCUCUGCUUUCAGACUGAAAAAUGACUCAGACCUCUUUGGUCUGGGCCUGGAGGAGACUGGACCUAAGGAAAGAAGUGAUGAAGAUAAAGACGGCAAGCUUCCCUCUAAAGAGAAGAAGAAAAAGAAGAAGAAAGGCAAAGAGGAGGAAGAAAAGGCUCCAAAAAUGAAAAGCAAACACAAGAACAAGGAUAAAGAGCAAGGCAAGGAGGAUCGGAGGAAGAAGAGGAAGCCCCCUUGGAGCAAGGAACAGAAGGUUGCAGAUGAGCUGGAAGCCUUCCUGGGGGCCGGCAGGGCUCCUGGAAGCCACCACCCAGGAGGUGGGGACUAUGAGGAGCUCUAGGCUGCCAGAGGCAGUUGGUUUUUCUGGGAAGAGGGGAACUGCCAGUGACUGAUUUGGGGAGGCUGCUGCCU